UUCGGAAACAAGCUAUGCUGAAAAAAAGCUCGUCCGAUAAAUAAAAUACUGAUAUCGACGGAUAAGGAUUUUAUUUCACCCAAGAGGAACAGAGAUGCGAACCUUGUUACCGUUGGGGUUGUGCGAGUUGUCUCUGCGCAACAAAGGGAAGGGCGGCUGUCAGUAAACAUGAGGGCUGUGUCGGCGAACUUACUUGCACUGCUCUUUCUCUGCACUUGUGCCUGUGUAUUCUACGUCUGGAGCAGGCUGGAGAGUCGGCUGGAGAGAUACAAACGGGGGCUACAGUUACCGAGCUCCUUUCACGUUGGGCCAUCACCGGACAUCUCCGCUAAAACUUUCCGUGCUUUGCUCGCUGUUCCAGUGGCACAGAGACUGCACUUGGGGGGCAGACUGGAUGUCCGCAACGUUACUGGUGUUAGGGAUCAAAUUGGCUCUUUAGGAAGCAGAGAUUACCAUAUGAAUGUAGAUAACAAGGAGUCAGUACAGAGAGGGGUCCCGGACAAAUUUGGCUCGCUCGUUGAGGGUAUUUUUUGGAGUGAAUGGCUGGAGGCUCAGCUUCCCGCCAGCUUCAGUGAGGAACAUGCCCGGGCUUGGAGAGAGAGAGCCCGGGGACACCGCAUAGUCAGACUGGAGCCGGGCUGUGGUAGAAUAUCCAAUCAGUUGGCCACUUUUUCGGACGGAGCCAAAGCUUGCGUGCGUUAUGGAAUAAACGCGGACCAGGUGCAGGGGGAAACGCUGACUUAUUACCUGGCUAAUUUGCUAGGUAUUACAAAUCUACCGCCUCUCAUCCUUGCCCAGUUGAACGUUGACAGUGAACAAUGGGCUUCUGUUAGGAGAAGAAUUGGCGGUUUACAGUGGAGUGAGCGGGCGGUGGUCUCACUCACCGAGUGGGUCGCCAACCUGACCGGGGUAGUCACACCUGCUCCGCUGCGCCAGGAGAGCAAGGGGCUGCGUCCUCUGCAAGGGGAGCUGGGGAACAAGACGACUGCGGAGUUGCUCGAGUUAAUGCAGUGGACCGACCUGAUAAUAUUGGACUACCUGUCUGCUAACUUCGACAGGCUCGUUAGCAACCUCUUUAGCCUGCAGUGGGACUCGCGCGUGAUGGAGAGGGAGACCAACAACCUGCUCAGAACGCCCCGCGGUGACCUGGUAUUCAUAGACAACGAGGCAGGGCUUGUACAUGGAUACCGGGUGCUUGAUAUGUGGGAGAAGUACCACAGCACAGUCUUGGGCUCCGUGUCUGUGUUCAGAAAGAGGACAGCGCAGCGCGUGAUAGAACUGCACCGGCGCAGGGACACCAGGACUCGGCUGCUCGAGCUGUACAGAGACAGCGAACCUUUGUCUCCGGAAUUAGGUUUUCUCUCCUACGAACACGCGAGAGUACUACAGAACCGAAUAGACAGAUUAUACAAACACAUAUCGCAUUGCAAGGAGGAAUACCACCAGCUGUGAGCGUGUUUCUGAUUCCUCUCAUAUAUAUGGUUCUGUGUUACGCACCUGCCACACAGAAUGACGUGUGCUGCUAAUCAGUAACCCAUCCCAGUAACCACACACCUGUACCAGAUUAACGUGCGUCAGUUGAAAUGUUUUUGAAUAUUUUAAUGAACUACCUCUUGUGUGAACCAAUGUUUUGCCUACUUUAUUUGUCAGGAUAAAAUAUUGAUGUUGUUUUUGGGCUUCAUGCAGGAUAUGCCAUAAUUUAUUUUCACCCAGCCU